UGAUGUGUCAAGUUGUCAACACAGAAAAAUGGUAUCAGAAUGUUUCGCGAGAGCGAAUAAAAUGUGUAUUUAUUUGUAAAAUCAAGCGAUCCUGUUUUCCAUUCGAUCCGAGUGUUUGAGGAAUUCAGUGUUGCGUCACCGGUAACAGUAUGGCCAACACUCGGGAUCUGUUCAGCCUGCCGGCCGGCCCUGCCGAUUUGUGUUUCGAUAAAAACGAAUUCAUGAAGAAAACAUUUUCAGUGGAUGAAUUCCUUCACGAGAACCGCAAUGCUGGCAGUUUGGAAAUAAUAAGGGACGAUUUGGGUAUUUAUCUGAAAGUACUCCGAUCGGCUAUGAUCGAGCUUAUCAACCAAGAUUACGCUGAUUUCGUGGAUUUGUCAGCUAACCUGAUCGGGCUGGACCAACAGAUCAGUGGGAUAGGAGCUCCACUAGAGAAACUGAGAGAAGAAGUCCUGACGAUGAGGGAAGCGCUGCAGGGAACGAUGAAAAGCAUUUCCGAUUGUCUGGAUCAAAAGAAAGCCCUCAGAACAUACAAGAAAAGUCUGCAGAGUUUGGGGAAAGUUCAGCAAGCACUAGUGAAAUUGGAUAAUUUGUUGAGUCCGAUGGACGGAAGGGAACAUGACAUCAAUCCAAUUCUUCUUGAGAGGGCAGCUCUCGAGUCGAUUCAGCUGCAGUUCAACAUCAAAUUUUGUGGAGAGUUUUUAAAUGAAGAACAAAUGCGACGCUCCGAGAGUAUGAAAAAUAACCUUCUGAUGCAAAUGAAAGAAUAUUUUCUGAAAACGUUGGAACAAAAAAAUAUAGACGGAAUGGAGCGAUGUCUUCGGAUUUACUGCACGUUGGAUGAAACCCGCACGGCUGAAGAGGUCUUCAAGCAUGAAAUUGUGUCUCCCUACAUGAAUCGAGUGGUGUCUGAAAGUAGUCUUCAGAAUUCACCCCAAGGAUUAACCGGUAUCUACAAUCAGAUCCUGGACUUCAUUUCGCUCAAUAUGAAAAGUUUGCUGACAUUGACGAAGAAAAACGGAAAAGUUAAAGGGUUUAACUUUAUUAUAAACAGUUUCUGGACGGAGGUAGAACGACGAAUGGAAACCAAUAUGUCCUCGAUUUUUGCCCCUGGCAAUCCGGAAUCAUUCUACCAGAAGUAUAAGUGUACUCUUGAAUUCCUGGAACGCAUUGAGCAAAUAAUUGAAGAUUCGGCAGAAAUCGCAUACUUUAAAGCACAUCCGCAGUAUAAGAGUUUCCAGGUGCGAUGGAAUCUGCCGGUCUAUUUUCAAAUUCGAUUCCAGGAAAUAGGUUCAAACUUGGAAAAAGCGUGUAGUCGGGAAAUUGAUGCCAUCAGAUUUACAUCGCAGCAGAUCGGUGCUAGCCAAUUUAAUUUGAUCACGUUUUCGAUUGCUCUCACGUGUAUUUCCAACUGUUGGCAGGAGGGCAUAUAUCUUCCCCAGUUGUUUCAUCGGUUUGUUAAGUUUACUCUCCAACUGCUAUCCCGCGCAACGACGUGGAUUGAUACCGCCAUCACGUUCAACCCUCCGCUACAAACAGAUUCACCGGAACCUUUGCUUAGGCUUAAAUUGUUGGCUACUCUCUUCUCCGACGUUACAAAUCUAUCGAAGAAGAUACCCAACAUAAUAACUCUCAUCAUUCAGAAAGCUCCGCCGGUGCUCGCCUUGACGGCGCAAAAACUGGACGAAUUGUUUUUCGAUAAUCGAUCGGCAUUAAGUGCCAAGCUCAAUCGACUCCAAACGUUGAUCGUACAAGAGUUGGUGCAGAUAAGCAUUCCGCACAUCAAACAGGUCAGCGAUAUUCCCCGAUUGUAUCGCAAAACAAAUCGUGAGGUGCCCAGCAAAUGCUGUCCGUACAUGGAGCAGUUAAUACAGCCGAGCCGAAAUUUCCAGGAGCGUUACAGUGCAAUGGUGGGUGACGAACAGCUGAAGGAGUUCCUUGGGAACGUCUACCGGAGUCUUACAUUGCACUACUACCAAGCAGUGGACGAGGUCUUAAUUUCGGUCCAAAAAACUGAAGAAUCUUUACGCCGACUGAAGAACCUCCGGGAUCGGAAUGCAAACCCAAUUACGACGGCCACAUUCCCGAACAGUGGCAGCAUAUCGACCGAUCGCACAUCAAUGUCCGACGACGACAAGAUCCGACUGCAGAUACAGGUAGAUGUUAUCUACUAUGUGCAGGAAAUCGAGCGCCUUGGCUUGGCGCGAGGUGAGAUAGAAAAGCUUCACGAAUUAGUGCUUCUGACGGAGAAAGCGACCAAAAUUAAAAUAGGAAACAACCAGCAAACGCCGGAGCAGGUGUGAGGAAUAAUUGGAGUUGACUUUUUUUUCGUUCUAAACAAAGUAGACUUUUUAAAAAUUGUUUGAUUGGUACAGUAAACCGAGGGCAAAUUGAUCACGAUUUUCAGAAAAGUGUGAAUAUUUUCGAAAUUUUCUGUUCAAUUUAUAACCAAUUAUUUUUAAACCCAGUUCCGGGUCCAAGGUCACAAAACGUUUGAAAAUUUUUGUUGUCAAAUUUGCUUAGCGUUAGUUUGGAAAAUUUUUAGCGGAAAAUUUUAAAACAACUUUGGGGUGAAAUUGAUCAAUCUAUUUUUUCAUGAUUGUCUAGUGGGAUAUGCACAAAUAAACAGAAAUACGUUCAUUUAAAUGAUACUACAUUGUUUGAACAGUCUCGGGAUUUUUAAUGGAAACAAUCGUUUUUUGGACAAAGCCUCAACAUAGUUUCUUUCGCAAUACACUUGUUAUAGCGAGUUUCCAACAUUUCGAUUCCCUUUCUGUAGUACGAAACGUCUAAGUCUUCGAAAUAUGCCUCAGUGUCACCUUGCAGACUGCCUAUUGGACACGGGAGUGUGGUAAUGGAUCCACGUUUCAUCCAUUGUUACAAAACGUUGAAAGUCCACUCGAUGAUGCUUCAACAACGCCAAAUCGGCUGUUGCAUCAUCAACGCGCCGCAGUUUUUGGUCGACGGUCAGCAAACGCGGCACCCAUCGCACCGAUGGCUUUCUCAUGUCCGAAUGUCGUGCAAAAUGUAUCCCACUCGUUCUUUUGAAAUCCCUACGCGUAACCCAGCUAACUCGCGUAACUUCACUUUACGAUCGUUUGAAACGAGUCGAUGUACUUGUUUUACGAUUUCUGGAUUCGUAGCCUUUUUUGGCCUUCCACAGCGAGAUACAUCUGUAGUGCUUGUACGGCUUGUACGGUCCACAUAACAUUUCGUCAACUACUGCAUUGAUUGUUCAACAGUUUUUUCCAUCAAAAAACAACGUUUGAUUAAAAAAACUAUAUUCUUUUUUUACCUUUUCUAUACAAGUGCUCAGGUAGUGACACUUAAACAACUGUAGUUUGUGAACAAAUAAACGAAAUGUCAUGAAACUUCACACAUAAGCUAGUGACAGAUGAACCUCUCGAAAUGAAUCUUGUUCAUUUUUUAGUGGCGCCAUCUGUAGGGUUUGAAGAUACAAAAACGAGAUUUAGUCUACCUAAGAGUAUAGUCGUGCAUUUCUCAUAUCUCGAUCUAAUUUUGAUCUGCAGGUCAUUAGGAGACCAUCCGGGUAAGUCAAAAAUAUGUCAAAUAAUCAUGAAUGAGCAAGUUUGAUCCCCUAAAUGGUGGGUUCUGUGUAUUUCUGGGUUCUGGAAUUUAUAGCGCUGAGACUUGUUCCGGACAUAUUUCUGAAAUCCGUGGACCGAUUCUGAUUAAACUUCAAAGGUUUCUUUCAAAUGCAACUUAUCGCGUCUGCACUGAUGAGCGAAAAAAAAAUCCACCCCAAUUUGAAAUCAAAGUAUUUCAAUAUUAUAAGUUUUUCAAACAUUUUUAUAUUCCAAUCAAUACUACGUCAAGUAGGUUAUUAGUGAACAAUUUUGCCAUUUUUAGUAUCGUUGAUUUAUUUUUUAGAAAACAAAAAAUUACUUCUGUAAUUUUUAAGGUGAAGGUGGGUUUUUGUACGUAAAUAGAUCAAAUCACUUAUCAGACUGUGUGGCGCUUCACUGACAUGAGUCUUAGAAUUCAUUUGAAAAAAAUUACAAUUCAAUACUGAAGUUAAAUGUAUGAACAAUUGCAAAUGUAAAUAUAUAUAUAGAAGGUGUAUUUUCGUAUGAAGUAAAAUUCUGAAUAUACGCAAGCGUAACAUGAGCAAAUUUAUAAAACAUCCGAAUUGGGGUACUUUUGAUAUUAACAAGUUCUUCCGCACAGUAACUAGAUGUUGAUAAUUCCUUAAUGUUUUCCUUCGUUGAUCGUAUUGUUUUCACAUAUUCAAGUUGGAGAGCCUUAACCCUUCUCUUCAUUGGCCGAGGCAUUUUGAUUGAAUGUAACUAUUUUUGAAAGCAUCCGUGGCAGUGUUCCGAGCUCUGCAAUAUAAUUUUCUUAACCAAUGUUAAAGUUGCUAAAACUUAUUAUCAACACAAUUUUAUUUUAUUGAUUUUCAUGACAUGAAACGCUGUGACUCAGGAUUAACAUUUUAUUGAGUGGUUUUUAUAGAUGUUUCGAUGAGGCAUCAGUGUCGAAAAAAUAACUCUGUUGCAAAAAAUAACUAAAUAAAUAAUAAUUGCGGAAAAUUGGAGAAUGAAAAUUUAACUUUCAGAGUACUAGCUCGAGUUUUCCGACGUUUUUCACUAUACAGUGCGACGGCAGAUGAAAAUUUAAUAUCUCGUGAGUAAUCGAUUAGAGUUUGGUUGAUAUUAUUUGAUGGGAAGUGUGCGAAAACGAUUAUUUUCUCCACACUAUCUCGCAAAAGUAUUGAUUUUCGGGCGAGGGAUGAGGGAGAGCGCCAUUUUGGCAGCCAUAUGUGGCUUCCUUCCACCUUCACCUUAAAGUACCCAUUUAUACUUUUAGGAUAUGACAUACAAAAUCCCCUUUGCCUAAAUUUUCUCUACCGUGUUUCUUCAUUGAUGCUUUGUUUGAUGAUCAGCUGGUUGUUUACAUCUGACACAAACGCCAGAUAUUUAUUGAACAUUUCAAAGAAAAUGAGUUUAAAAUUCAAUUACAUAACACCUCCAAGAAUUUCGCUUUGUUUUAAGUAGUACGUUUGAUCAAUAUGCCCCCGGAAGACGGUACCAAUCAAAAUUGUCCGAUUUUCUCGAACGGCGCGAAACCUUCAUUAUGCAAUUAAAAUAUUUCGCAUAAUCGCAUUGUUUUAAAUUAUUGUGAACAAAAAAUCUACCACACAGAAAACAUAUAUAACAUAAAGUGAUAAAAAAUGCACAUAAUCGUUAAAA